GGAUUGUUUUAAUUUUUAAUAUGAACCAAUCAAGAACGUUACUUUGACAUAAAACGACUGCUGCACUUCUAAUGCAUCAAAAUGCAUCAAACAAACAAAUCUAGUGUUUUGUCCCUGUAAUGAACGUGUGGAUGUACAGUGCGUGCUAUUUUCUUCAGUUUUUUGUGUUCUAGUAAAUUAGCGUUCCUUUUUUUGUUCAUUAAAUAAUCAUCAAAUACUCUAAAAUAUUACUAAAUCCAUGAUUAUUAUCAAACUUUAUUAGUUCCUGAAAGGGAUGUAUAAAAAGUCAUGGACAACAAGUACAGGGUGUUGCUGCAACACCACCAGCAGGACGUGGUAAGGGACCUGGACGUAACCUACAUCCUUGACGAGUUGUUCACAAAAGACGCCAUCUCCAACGAGGACUUCGAUAAUAUCUACAAGUUGUCGAGUCGAGUGGAACGUACCAGGUACUUAAUCGACUCACUACUUCAGAAUGGUACAAACAGAAGCUAUGAAGCGUUUGUAGACAGCUUAGCUAAGGACUGGCAGUGGUUGUACAAGAAGUUCACCGAGGAAAGCAAUGAGGCCAUGCUGAACGACAGCUUUGAAGAUGGUCUCAGUAGGGGAGAUGUGCCGAGGUUACCAGAUCACUACGUCAGAAGGAAUGCAGUGGAGCAAGAGGUGGCUAAUAAAUUAAAAUUGCUAACUCGGCAUAAAAUAUUAGCACUUCACGGCAUGCCGGGCUGCGGGAAGACGACAGUUGCAAUAAGCGUGCUACGUAACAAUCCAGAUCUCAUCACCAAUAACUUUAACGGUGCAGUCUUUUGGUUAAACUUCGGUAACUGUAAGACCGAAGAUGAUAUCACCGCUCUACAGAACAAAUUAUACCGUAAAGCGACUACAAUGUCCAGUCACAAUUCCUACAUGACGUCAUCAAUAUCCAUGUCUAGCACGGGCUCUAAUGCCGACAGCCAUUCCUUCUACGACUGGUCGUGGGAGGAUAUGAAAGAUCGACUUAUCUCGCAGUUCCAAAGCCAGUCUUUAAAGGAAUGUUUGUUAGUGCUGGAUGAGGUUAAUGAAAAGAAAUGUUUGAGAGCCUUCGAUAUAGGAUGCAAGAUAUUAAUAACAACGCCAGAUACUGAUGUAGUUUUGAAUUUUCAAGCGCAAAUAGUCAAGGUGGAAAACAACUUUACUGAACAAGAAACAUUGGAACUGUUCUCCCUAUGUCUCGAUCAACCGGUAUCACAGUUGCCCAGAGAGGCGAGGAAGUUGUACGAGAUAUGUGCAGGCAGCCCCUUCCAUAUCGCACUCAUCGGAGCCCAGCUGUCGGAGAAUAGGGAACGAUUCAAACACGAUCAUAAGUACAGGAACUCUUAUCUAAACAAACUGGAGAAGAGAGCUUUCUUUUUUUUAUCAAGACAUCAUGAAAAUCCACAGAGAACUGUCGAAGUCUGUAUAAAUCUACUACAACCAGAUAUAUUGAGCCUAUUCAAAAAGCUAACAGUUUUACCUGACAAUGUCAAAGUAUCUGCAAAAGUACUCGCCAAACUAUGGAACAGAGAACUGACCGAAGUUGAAUCGAUAAUAAAACAACUUCGAAGCAAAUCAUUGUUAAUAGAAUUUUACGAUCGAGAACAACAGAAUUAUAUUUACGAAGUUCACGUAUUUAUUAUGGAUUAUCUAAGAACUUGUUGGGAUGAAGAAGAUGUUAAGAAAUUACAUGAAAAUUUCUUAAAAAGUUAUCAUUAUGAUAACAUAAGUAACCCACCUUUAGAUAUAGAAGAUGAUGGCUAUAUUGCAUUUUAUAUCGGACAUCAUAUACUUAAAACGAAGAAUUUAGGAAAUAAAUGGAGCUUGUUUAAUAAAUUAUUUCUCGAUCUCAAAUUUCUAGGCAAUAAAGUCAGAUUGACUGGAUCCGCUGAUGUUAUUUUAGAUUUGCAAAAAUACGAAACUUAUAUCGCGGAAGAUACAUUAGACAAAGACCUGCUGUACAGUAUAAAGGCGUAUCUGAUCACGCACGGCACAGACCUCUACCGUUACCCAUACACGGACAUAGUGCAGAGCAUCCUGCAGCACGAAAGUAAAGGCAUCCUGUACACUAAAGCAUCCGUCAUAGCUCAGGAGAGGUGUGCCAAAAAUGAGCUUUAUUUUGAGUUCUUACAUGAACAGAAUGUGGAAGAAAUAAAACACACCACGAUCGACGUGACAGAGAUCGUCACUGCGGUGUGUUUCCUCGGAGACCACGUGCUUAUUGGAACUGAUUCUGGUCUUAUUAAGUUUUUCAACAUAUCAACAAAUAUAAUGGAAAAGGAGUUGCCGGGGAAGGGUUUUGCUAUCAAAUGGCUCGGUACGUGUCCUAUGAACCCACCAGUGGUGGCCGCGCUCGACUGCAGCGGGUUUAUUACUAUAUUCUACAUCGACGAUAUAGGACAUGAUGAAACUGAUGACGUCAUUGAAGAAGAAACAGAGGAGUCAUACAACAAUAACUAUGCAAACAUAGUCAGUAUACCACCUAAACUGGGUCCGUUCCUGAACUGUAGAUGGGCUAACAACGAAGAGACAUUGAUCACUCAUACAUCCAAAAUGAUCAUUUUAUAUGACCCCAGUGGCAAAGUGUUAAAAGUGUUAGACAACUUUGAUAGGGAUCGUGAGAUAUUGUGUUGUGUUCCAUGUAAUAAUGACAAACAAGUGAUUGUGGCAACUAGUGGUGUGCAUUCAUUGGAUGUUAUCGAUGUGAUUAGUAAAGAAAAAGUUAUGUCAUUCGAAGAAUCUGAACUGCUGCUGAAUAUUUUGACGAUACCAGGUAGCAACAGAAUAAUAACCCUAUCAGAGACAAAUAUAACAGAACAUGAAUACAAAAUCAAUACAGGGUCGUAUCAGAAUGUAUGUAAUGUAUACAUCUGUAGGCGAGUGUUGACCAGUGAAGAGGUCAAAGGGAAUGUGACCUUUGUCGCAGCGGAGGUCAAUAAAUCAGGGACCUUACUAUUCGUUGCAACUGAUGAUAGCCGUGUCAUAUGUGUUGAUUUGAAGACCAAUACAAGAGUAUUUGAUCUGGAUAAUAGGAGAGGCAAUGUAACGUCAAUGGCUGUAAGUGAGGUUAUGAUGUGGGAUGACUUCAUGCCGGGCUCCGAUGUGCUGCUGACAGGCACAGGCAGUGUCGAGAAUACUGCCAAAGUCUGGUUCUUAGACGCUUCUUUUGUCUCGCAGAAUACACAUAGGAAUAGCAAAGUUCGUCUAACAACAACUUUCGACGUGAGUUUCAUGGGCGCUGUGUCCCCACAGACUCCCAACACCACGCCCAACAGUGGCACUCAGAGUCAAGAUACCACACCACGACGACACAAAUCAUUCGUCACUCAUAAAGAAAUAGAGAUGAAGUUAGCAACGAAAACUAUGAGUUUGGACAGACAUAACCUAAAACCUUUGAAUCUGAAGGGAAUUUGUAAUGGAAAUAAUGAUGGAGGCAUACAACCUUUGCUGGCUGUUGUAGAUGAUAAAAAUAAUAUAAAGAUAAUGCGCGGUAGAAAACUCAUUACGGAAAUAUCACCUAAAAGUGACUAUCAAAUAACAGCAGUUAAAAUAUCUCCAUGCAAUCAAUACAUUAUCUAUGGACUGCGUACAGGAAUUGUCACUAAAUAUGCACUAAGAACUAAAGAAAUUAAAGACAUUUUAGAUGUUUACAGUCCAGUGUUAUAUAUGAGUUUUGUUAACCCAGAUUUAUUGAUAGUUGCCGGUAAGAAUAGAUGUCUGAUGGCAUAUCGGUUUACUACCGAUGGAGAUUGGAAAUCUGAAAUGCUUCAACGGGGUAACUGCUAUUUGGGAUCACAGGAAAUAUUAAAUGAUAUACAAGGUUUUAAGAAGAAAAUCAGCCCCGAGAAAUUAUCAGCAUCCAGUAGCGAUGCCAGUAUAAGUUCUAGAGAUCGUCUAUUUCCCAAUGGCGACACUAGAAGGCGACUGUGCAAGGCCAGCAGUCUCGUGUCGUGCUUCUGGGUACAUGACGUCGGUCAUAUCACAGUGGAAACCAACGCUAUAGUUAAACUAUGGGAUCGCAAUCUGCAGGUCCAGAAUAUAUUGAAUGGCCGACAGACGGAUGUUUAUAUCAAUUGUGCAGCUUUCCAGAAAUAUAUAUUGGCUAUUUGCGAUGAUUAUCAUAGGUUUCAGACUUAUGAACUAAAGACAGAUGAUAAGAUAGAACUGCAGCCCAUACAGGUGUACAAGUUGAAUAAUCGUAUCAUGUGCUGUGACCUCACCGCAGACGGCAGCCUCCUCGCCAUGGGACUUGACUCCGGGAAUGUUAUUGUUUGGCACGUGAGCAAUCAGCGUCAGCUACGGUUCCUAAAGCACCACAAGACGAAGGUGCAGUGGUGCCGGUUCUCCCCGGUGCCGGUUCUCCCCGGUGCCGGUUCUCCCCGGUGCCGGUUCUCCCCGGUGCCGGAAAAUUUACAUACACGUCGGUAA